CCAUGGAUCGCGCUGCUUUGGUGUCUACGCUAGUGCUCCACUAGCGCUCUUGGAUGACCAAAAUCCAGCAAGCGCCAUCCAAGUGAGAGCUCUUAUUGGAUGUGUCGCCCUUGCUUUCCAUCGCCUUUUCGGAGUCUCAUUUAUUCCCCGCCAUGGUUGCAGUCUUGGUGUUCAUCCAAUUACGACGCGCUGUCUCCAAAGCGACGCGCACCUGCUUACCGCUCCGGAAAGCCGCCUCUCUCUUGCAGGUGUUCUUCCAGCUUUGCUCCUUUGAAGAAGUGUGCUGGAUUUUUGAGCCGUUCAACUCGAACUUGCAGGCCAACAAAAACGAGUAUAUUUGCGUGCUUUUGCAUCUUUAUCAACUUGAAACUGGGAGAUGAAAGACACCGAAUCGCCUGGAGGAGGCUCCUUAUCAAGCUCCAAGCCUCGUACCCUGUCCUCUUGUUUGCCAUACGACGCUGAUUGGGCGCUUGUUAUCCUGCCUCUGCGCCUCUGCUUCCAGUGAUCCAGUGGCGUCUGUUGCCUUCCCCCAAAUCGCAAGAUUUCAGGUUGUUAGCCUUUGUGAUCCACCAAGUUGAUCGCUCGAACGACAUAGGUCAUAUUCAGGUCAUCAAACGCGAUCGUCGAGCCCCCAGCCCGGGGCUUCCUCGUUUCUUGGUCGUUAUUCCUUCACAUGCCACCGUGGCCUUUACUCCGAUACACAUUAGGUAGUAUAUCCGGCGACAACCUUGGAAAGGUAUCCUGCAUACCGCCCUCGGUUUUAUUUGUCUCGACAUUCUUGCUCCCUCGGAAGGGCCAAAACACAUAGUCUCAAGAGAGUCAGGACAACUUCGAAGAUGCGGUGUUAGUGCCUGGGCCAUCGUUGUUCUUACUACUUGCAAGGCAGCAUUAAGCCGCACAAGGCUUCCGUGGUGCAAUCUGAAUAUAUAGUCCCCCUAAGCAUACAAAGUACAUACGUAACCUGGAUUUCCCCGGUCGCCGACAGCUUGACAUGGAUUGAACUUGAAUUCGAGGCUCAUGGAAGAAAGCCUCAUGCUAGCCGCCGGUACCCGGAGCGACCUCGAGAUUCAGUCAGGCUAUGCGACGCUAAUAUAUCCAGAGGACGUAAGGAACUUCAACACGUUGCUUUUGCGGUUGAACGAUCCUCGGUAAACCGAACAGCAGUCUGAUUUCGAUUUCCCAAGUGCACUCAAUGUCCAGCGCGGCGCAUAGCCUAUCGGCCCUAUGAUAGCCGGCAAUCCUGGCGGAAGAGUAGAAGGGGCGGAACAGCCAGCACUGAGCGGUUAAUCAUCGCUUUUCUCAUUGGCUCAGCCAAUCGUAACCUCGGCUACGAACGGGCUAAGGCAUCUUUUUCCUGGCGAAGGGCGUCUCUUCAAUCUGGAGUUAACCUUGAAGAGACGACAUCAUCUUUCGUCUUCGAUUCUACAGCUUGAGCUAAACCUCGCCCUCAACACCCUACUUCAACCUUCGAUCACUGCCGGCAAUGCCCUAUCAUUGUUUGUAGAGACUUGCGACGCCUCUGGAUUAAAAUUUUCCCUCCCUUCCUCCCGCUCCCCGCCAACGCUGCGUCAUGGCUUCGAGAGGAGUCGUUCUGCGGCUUCUGAGGCACGACACACGCGCUGGCGCCUCCCUGCUCUCAAAGGCUUCCGCGACGCUGCGCGCUGCUUCGCAAAGUUCAAUUGCGACAGCCGGCAAACGAGCCAGUAUCCGUUGCUCGGCAUUCCCUUCACCGAGCCAAACUCGCGCAUUUUCGCAGUCUAUCGCAAGGAAGCUCACCGAUGAGCACGGCCAUUUCGACCCUCGACAGGUGGAGAGAGAAUCAGACGAGGUGGAUGUUUGCAUUGUGGGUGGCGGCCCCGCGGGCCUCAGCGCUGCUAUUCGAUUGAAGCAAUUAGCCAAUGAAGCCGGGAAUGAAGAGUUUCGUGUCAUUGUAUUGGAAAAGGCUGGCGAGCUGGGUGCACAUGUUCUAUCGGGAAAUGUCCUAGAACCUUCUGCUAUGAAUGAGUUAUUUCCAGACUGGCUAUCGGAGGAUAACCCAUCACGAUUCGAUCGUGCGACACCAGCAAAGGCCGACAAGAUGCGGUUUCUCACUCAAAACUCGGCUAUCCCGAUUCCUUCACCGCCGCAGAUGAACAACCAUGGUAAUUAUAUCAUCAGUCUAAAUGAGCUGACGAAAUGGCUCGGUGAGCGGGCCGAGGAACUUGGAGUUGAGGUCUACCCCGGAUUUGCUGCUAGCGAAAUCGUUUACAAGUCCGACGGUUCGGUAUUGGGUGUGGCAACCAACGAUCUUGGUGUUGGUCGGGAUGGCAAAGCAAAGGAAACUUUUGAGCGAGGAAUGGAGUUUCACGCCCGUGUCACUCUUCUCGGAGAAGGAUGUCACGGCAGCCUGACCAAGCAAGUUUCGAAGAAAUUCGACCUUCGGCGCGACAGCCAACCGCAAACAUACGGUCUCGGAGUCAAGGAGGUAUGGGAAAUUCAACCAGAAAAAUUUCGGCCGGGCGAAAUCACCCACUCAAUGGGGUACCCGCUACCAAAGGAUACAUAUGGCGGAGCUUGGAUGUACCAUUUCGGCGAGAACAUGGUCAGCAUUGGUUUGGUCGUCGGCCUCGAUUAUCCGAACCCAUGGCUCUCCCCGUACGGAGAGUUCCAAAAGCUCAAGCACCACCCGCUGUUUCGUGAGGUAUUGGAAGGCGGGAAGUGUAUCUCAUAUGGUGCCCGUGCCUUGAACGAAGGCGGUUUUCAGUCCAUUCCCAAGUGUGCUUUCCCUGGUGGCGCACUGAUUGGCGACAGCGCCGGUUUCCUCAACGUUCCCAAGAUCAAAGGUACACAUACGGCAAUGAGAUCGGCAAUGUUGGCUGCAGAAUCCACAUUUGCUGCGCUGCAGAAUGAUACUGGAGGCACCGUUUUCCUGUUUGACUAUGAAGAAUCUCUCCGCAAGUCCUCGAUCUGGAAGGAACUGUACGAAGUGCGAAACAUGCGGCCUUCUUUCUCAACUCCUCUUGGUAUCUAUGGAGGAAUCCUGUAUUCCGGUCUAGAAGCCUAUAUUCUUCGUGGCCGCACCCCGUGGACCCUCAAGCACCACGGUACAGACGCAGCAGCCACCAAGCCAGCAUCGGAGUGCGCAAAAAUCGAAUACCCAAAGCCCGAUGGCAAGAUUAGCUUCGACAUACUGACGAGCGUUAGCCGAACGGGCACGAACCACGAGGAGGAUCAGCCAGUGCACUUGCAGGUAGAGGACUGGGACAAGCAUACCGAUAUAGCCUGGCCCAAGUAUCAAGGAGUUGAGAACCGAUUUUGCCCUGCUGGAGUGUAUGAAUACGUGGAGGACUCAACCAAGGAGCACGGUGUUCGCUUUCAGAUCAACGCACAAAACUGUAUCCAUUGCAAGACAUGUGACAUCAAGGUACCAACCCAGGACAUCAACUGGCAAACUCCCCAGGGUGGCGAAGGACCGAAGUAUUUUAUGACAUAACCGGGCGGCACUGCUCAGGAUAGUCGGAUGCCUACUCCUUACACAGUGCGCACUGCAUUUUGAUUCAAAAGCCACCAUUCGAUUUGGGAUUGGGAAUGUAUACUCCGGAGUAACUGUAGAUAUCAACUUGGAACCAAAUUACGUGAUUUGUUUGCGGCUGCUUGAGACGCACAACGCUGCUUCCUGUUAGUGGGGAUAUACAAACCACCUUCAUUACCUUGUUUUCUCUUGAAGAGAGCGGUUGUUGAGCGGACAAUCUGAAGGAUGGGUGACAAAAGUUCUCCCUCUGGAUUCUAGAAAAGAAAUGGCUGGUUCCCGUGGGAGGCGGAACCACAAACCACGGCUCACCAUUAUUGAUCAUCUAAAUUCUAUAACAUGACAAUAAUGCAGCAAAUGAUUCUAUGCAUUAAGAAAAGCUGUAAUAAUCAAAGGUCAACUUCAUCCCCAAGUGGACAAUUCUGCUGCAGAAGAUCAGGCGGGGCCACGUGGAUCCCUCACCUCAAAGUGAGGCGAAACAGGCUGCUCUUUGAUUUGCAGCCUUUCCUUCUCUUGGCUCGUUCAACUGCGCCAGCGCCAGCGCCAGUCCAAUCCUCACCUCUUGACACUCCUCUUCCUUUCUCUGCUCUCUCUCUGCUCUCUCUCUGCCCUCUCUCUCUCUCUCUCUCACUGUCUUCUCUCUGCUUCUCUUCCUCGUCACCUUCAUCGACAAAUCCAUCGGCCGUCGCCUAUCGCUUUCUCCUUUCCAUCACAUUCACCGUCAUUUAUCCUGUGGACGCCAGCCAGUCGUGGAUUUCGACCUUUAUAAACAGGCCCAUUGUUUUGGAUCACGCGCUGGAGCUCAGGAGCAGUCCGCUCCUUAUACAGACGGUGGCCACAUUGUUCGUAUACAGACGCAAUUCAUCUCCAAGCCUGGUCCUCACUCCGCCUGCUGUCUCCAUUGUUGAUCCGGACCUUCCCUUGGACUGUAGCGCUUUGUUGGACCGUCAUCCUCUAGAGUCGCGCUCUGGUGUUAGCCGCUGAAGUAUUAACCAUGACCGAAGUCUCCUCGACCCGACUAUAUCUCGGGAAUCUUCCUCGCAAUGUGACCAAACAGGAUAUCGAAGAACAUUUUAGCACUCAUGGCACGGGAAAGAUUACAGAGAUCAAGCUCAUGAAUGGCUUCGGAUUCAUUGAAUAUGAGGAUGCGAUGGAUGCGAGAGAUAUUGUCCCUG